GUUCAUAGUGUACCAAGAUUGAUCACAGGUUAUGUGAUUAAGAAUUUUUUUAUUAAAAGUGAUAAUACAUCAAGAUGCCAGUGCAAUCUAAAUUAUCUACAUUAUUCCCUUGGAAUGUACCAGCGGAAGAAGCUCCGACUCUCGACGAUAUACUAAUUUACAUGGGUCAAUUCGGCAAGUACCAAAAGUACCUAUUCGGCGUGCUGACAAUUUUCUGCGUGUUUUUAUCCUUCGUCUACUUCUCCCAAGUGUUCCUCACGGUUUUGCCCGCCGAGUACUGGUGCAAACUUCCUCAGGUCGAAAGUAUGCCGGUCGAUAGGCUACGCGAGAUUCUGAUACCUAAAUCGAAGCUUGUACCAUUCGAGGGCCAUCACCUGCCUUACUCGAGAUGCUGGAUAUACGAUUUACCGGUAGAAACGGCGAUAAAGAGAAACAUGUCCGACGAAAGUUGGCCGAUGAAAAAAUGUAACGUCUGGGAGUACAAGACGACCAAGAGCGGCGUGCCUUACAUGUCCAUCGCGGCCGAACAGAAUUGGGUCUGCGAUCACGCGUACAAAGUAACACUAGCCCAAAGCAUCUACUUCGUCGGUUCGAUUUUCGGUGGUUUGAUAUUCGGUUGGUUGGCCGACAAAUACGGCCGGGUACCAACUCUGGUGAUAACGAAUUUACUGGCGUUAAUUGGUGGUAUCAGCACAAUUUACUCGAAGAAAUUCUGGCAUUUCUGCGCGUGCAGGUUCGUCGUUGGCAUAGCCUACGACAACAUGUUCGUGAUCGCUUACAUACUCGUUCUGGAGUACGUAGGACCAAACUGGCGCACGUUCGCCGCCAACAUGUCCUACGGGACAUUCUAUGCCCUCGGGGCGAUGAGCUUGCCCUGGAUAGCAUACGGGAUAUCCGAUUGGAGGUUGUUCGCUGUGGUAACGGCCGUUCCGAUGGCCGUCGUGAUCGUCGCACCUUUCGCCAUCCCUGAAAGCAUCAGGUGGCUGAUCAGUAUGGGACGAAUAAACAGAGCGAUGCAAAUCCUGCGAAAAAUCGAGAAGGUAAACAAUGUAAAAUUACCCGAGGACGUGUACGAAGAAUUCCUCGAGGACUGUAACAGAACGGCGGACACGUUGUCUUUGGAAGUUCACACCUUGCUGGAUUUGUUCAAAACCAAACGCCUGAGGAGAAUCACUAUAUUACUGCUCCUCUCGUGGGGAGGCAUUCAGAUGGCAUACGACGGUCACGUCAGGUGUCUAACGUCCCUUGGUAUAGACGUUUUCACGACCUUCACUAUCGCCUCUGCCACCGAAUUUCCUGCAGAGGUGCUCAUCAUCUACGUUCUGGAUACGCUUGGUCGAAGAUGGACACUGUUCGCCGCGGUCUUCAUCUCGGGUUCCUUCAGUCUUAUGGCCGCCACCGUCCACGUAGGCGUUACCUAUGCAACAUUCGCGAUUUGCGCCCGGUUCUUCAUCAACAUCGCCGCGAACAUCGCGUUGCAAUACGCUGCAGAACUGCUGCCAACGGUGGUUCGAGGCGAGGGUAUAGCUUUCAUUCACGUGAUGGGAUACGUCACCUCCAUACUCAGCCCUUUCAUCGCUUUCUCCGAAAGGAUAAUGUACAAUCUACCGAUGAUCAUCCUCGGAUUGUCGUGCGUCUUCGCUGCGAUAUUGUGCCUGUUCCUACCGGAAACGCUGAUGGAACAGAUGCCGCAGACUCUGUUGGACGGCGAGCUGUUCGGCAUCGAUCAGUCCUUCUGGGAGACACCGUUCACGAAAAAGGAACCCCUGGAACCAAGAGGGCAUCACUUGCACGCGAAACGUCCUUUCGUCCGGCCGGAACCAAUGCGCAGCAGCAUGAUUUCCGGUGCCGUGGGUAACAGGAGGAGAAUCGCCGCUAUUCAACAACGAGCGAGAUCAGCUCCCUCCGACUUGUAAAAGCAACACGAGGGGUGAACAAAGAGCAACGAGAAGGAAUUAACAGACAGACGCGUUGUUUAUUUGUAAUUUUAUUCUAUAAAUAAGUUCCUUAGGAUAUUCGUUAAGUUGAAGGCAUUAGGGUAGGAAAAUAAAAACUUUUGUACAUAAUUUUUAUUUCUUAGAAAAAAUUUAUUUUUACGGGGGACGAUGUGGA